CAGCCUUUCUUCUUUCAUCAAAACAACAAUUACUCUCAAUUUCUCAAUUUCUCUUAUUACUACUAAGUCUUUCAAAUUCAAACAAAAAUGUCUUGCAACGGAGGAAACUGUGGUUGUGGUUCUGGCUGCAGUUGCGGCAAUGGUGGAGGGUGCGGCAUGUAUCCUGAUUUGGAGAAGUCCACUACCCUUACCAUCAUUGAGGGAGUUGCGCCAAUGAAGAACAAAGCAAUGGUUGAGGGAUCAGUUGAGAAAGCAACAGAAGGAGGGCAUGGCUGCAAGUGUGGAUCAAACUGCCAGUGUGACCCUUGCAACUGUUAAAAAGUGUUUUUGUAGUUAAAGUGUUAUGUAAUAUUGUGUAAUAAAAGCUUUUGUAUAAUAAUUUGAAUAAGACUACAGCCAUGUAAUAGUGUUGGAUGUUACUCUCAUGGCUUUUCUGUUUGGUUGUUUAAUUUAAUGCUUGUCUGAAGGAAGCUGCUUAUCUGAGCUGUAACACAAACCUUAUUAAUGUGCAAUAUAUAAGUUGUCUCCUUCA